GUUUUUUUGCGUUGACAAAAUUGUUUCUGUGAAAAUUUUGUCGGAUUGUUGUAAAUACAGAAAUAUUAGUAAAUUUAACUGCUGCUGUUAGUGUCCAAAAGUGUGAAAGAAAUAAAAUUAUUACAGCUCAACAGGCAAAUUAUCAAAAUUAUUAUUAAGACACAAUAGUUUCCGUCGUUUGAAGCGUGCGGAUUAUCAUUGGGCAGCGGCCAUUUUGAGCGAACGCAGAAACGUCAGCACCAGCGCCUUACCUUGUAUUUUGACUGAAUAACAAUUAUCGAUAACUACCACAGUGCCGCUGUAAGCUUUUACGCGUCAAAGUUAAGCUUAGUAAAUAUAAACAAAACACCAAAGUUCAAAACUCCCCCCAAAAACAAAUCAAUACAAAAUAAUUAUAAUGGCUGAUGAAGAUAUUACUUUAAACGAGGAUCAGCUUUUGGAGUCGCUGGAAGAGACAAACGGCGAACAGGAGACUGGGAUUGUGACUGAAACAGAGGAGGAGGGCAGUAUGCAAAUCGACCCAGAACUUGAGGCUAUUAAGGCCCGCGUCAAAGAAAUGGAGGAGGAGGCUGAAAAAAUUAAGCAAAUGCAAUCAGAGGUAGACAAACAAAUGGCUGGCGGUUCAACAACCGGUUUGGCCACUGUGCCGCUUUCACUUGAAGAGAAACAGGAGAUUGACACACGGUCCGUGUAUGUGGGCAAUGUUGACUAUGGCGCAUCGGCCGAGGAGCUGGAGGCACAUUUUCAUGGCUGCGGCACCAUAAAUCGUGUUACUAUACUAUGCAAUAAGGCUGAUGGACAUCCCAAAGGUUUUGCCUACAUUGAAUUUGGCUCAAAAGAGUAUGUAGAAACGGCGCUGGCCAUGAAUGAAACUCUCUUCCGAGGACGUCAAAUAAAGGUUAUGUCGAAACGUACCAAUCGACCUGGACUCUCUACCACAAAUCGUUUUGCACGCGGCAGCUUCCGUGGCCGAGGAGCUCGCGUCUCCCGCGCCUGCUGUCAUUCAACCUUUCGUGGCGCUCGACGCGCAAUAAGAGGUUACCGCGGACGCGCCAAUUAUUAUGCGCCGUAUUGAUUUUUGUUUUCUUAACUUAUAUUUAGUAAGGUAAGUUGACUGAUGAUAAUCAAAAAACUAUAGUCUGACUGGGUAUGCCUUGUAAACUAGAACAGGUGCUCAAAUCAAAUACGGAAUUGAGCACUUUUGUUAUUUACUAUAGAGCAUAUAUGCCUUCAAUUGUAUAUAUCAAACAGUCCGCUUCCAACUGCCAUAAGGCAAUAGAGAACUAUUGCCUGCCUUCGAUAAAUUAGCCAAAACAAUCUUUCUAUGAAGCUCAUUAGCUCUGGGCUACAUUAGACAGCUAUGUAUAUAUAUAGCUUUUUAUAAGCAAGUGC